CUGAGCCAUUCCACACAUUGUACCACUUCAGACACCGUAGGAAAGGUGCAUGCUGGGACAACACGUGGACCCUGAGGAUAUCACAGAAACCGCUGUGGUUGUUUUGUGCUUGGAGAAUCUUGCCAUCAUGGCGUCUAAAAAGCACCAUGGCAGUGAUGACCGCUUCCUUAAGGUGAAGAAGGACCCGCGCUUCUGGGAAAUGCCAGAGAAGGAGCGCAAGAUCAAGAUUGACAAACGCUUCCAGUCCAUGUUUCACGACGAGCGGUUUAAGCUCAAGUACACGGUGGACAAGCGUGGCCGACCCGUUAACCACACCUCUACAGAAGACCUGAAGCGCUUCUACAACCUCUCUGACUCUGAGCAGUCUGACGAGGAGGAUGGGAAGAAGAUAAAGAAGGAGCAGGUGAAGAAGAAAGAGAAGACAAAAACAAAGUUGGAUUCUGCUGUGGGAAAGGACACAGACACAAGUGAAAAACCUGUAGAGAAGGGAAAAACAGUGAAGCCCAAAGACUGUGACUUCAAGGGAGCCCAAACUGUGAGAGGAGUAAAAGUCUUUAUGGAGGGUGAGAAAGAUGAUGAGGAGGAGGAGCCAGGCAUUGAUGAAGAUGAUGAGGAUUUGUCAAAGGUUGACAUGGGAGACAGCAUGUCAGAUGCAAGUGAGGAUGGCGAUGAAGACAAGGUGGAUGAAGAUGAACCGGAGGCAGAAAGUGACCUCGAGGGUGAGUCAGAAGAUGAGUCUGGUUUGGAAUCAGAUGAUGACAGUGACAGCGGGCCAGAUCUUGCCAGAGGGAAAGGUAAUGUGGAAACAAGUUCAGACGAGGACGAGGAAGACGAGGUGGAGGCCAUCUUGCGUCACGAGGAGGAGGAGAUCGAACACGACUGGGGCGAGUUGUGCAAAGAUGCACCACGGACUGAGGACGUAACCAAGAGACUGGCUGUGUGUAACAUGGACUGGGAUAGAAUGAAAGCCAAGGACUUACUUGCGUUGUUCAACUCCUUCAAGCCCAAAGGAGGUGUGGUGCUCUCUGUGAAGAUCUACCCAUCUGAGUUUGGGAAAGAGCGGAUACAGACUGAACAAACACAGGGUCCGCUGGAGCUAAUGGCUUUGCCUGAGGACCCAGAGAAAGACACGGAUGAGGAAAAGAUUCACAGAGAGAAGAUGCGAGACUAUCAAUUCAAACGGCUGAAGUAUUACUACGCUGUGGUGGAGUGUGAUUCGUUGGAUACCUCCGCCAAGAUAUACGAGGAGUGUGAUGGCUUUGAGUAUGAGAGCAGCUGCUCCAUCCUGGACCUUAGGUACAUACCUGAUGAGAUGAUGUUUGAUGAUGAGCCAAAGGACAUGGCCACAGAUGUUGACCUGUCUGUGUACACUCCAAAAUGCUUCACCUCAACAGCAUCAGCCACGUCCAAGGUGGAGUUAACAUGGGAUGAGACGGACCAUGAGCGUAUGACUGCCAUGAACAGGAAGUUCAACAAGGAAGAAUUGCUGCAGAUGGACUUUAACGCAUACCUGGCCUCCUCCAGUGAAGAGGAGGACGAAGAAGAAGGGGAGGGAUUGAUUGAGAUGAAAGUACUGGAGAAGGAACGACCAAAAGCUGAAGAACAAGAGGCUUUCGUUGAAGAAGUGCGGGAAAAGCCUGCAAAAGGGAAAAAGAGGAGUGCCGAGCAGAUCGGCAAAUACAGAGAGAUGUUGAAGAACAUCCAGGAGAAGAACAAAAAGCACCAGGACAAAGACAUGGAGAUGGAGAUCACGUGGGUGCCAGGCCUUAAAGAAACAACAGAACAGUUGGUGAAAAAGAAGCUUGAAGGAAAAGACAAUAUGACACCCUGGGAAGAGUUCCUUGAAAAGAAAAGGGACAAGAAAAAACAGAAGACAAAAACCAAGCAGGCGACUGAAUUGGACCUCAGUGAUGAUGAGCUUCCACCAGAUGUUGAUCUAGAUGACCCAUUCUUUGCUGAGGAGCUUGGAUCAGUGGUAGACCUGAAAAAGAAGACAAAGGCAAAGAAAAACAAAAAGAAGGAAGAAAGAACACCGGAAGAGGAAGAAGCAUUGGUGAAGAGAAAGGCUGAGAUGGCAUUGCUCAUGGACGAUGAGGACGACGACAAGCACAAACACUUCAACUACGACAAGAUUGUGGAGGACCAGAAUCUCAGCAAGAAUAAGAGGAAGAGACUGCUGAAGAAGGACACAGCCCAGGAAGAGGACAACUUUCAGGUGGAUGUUCAAGAUCCUCGCUUCCAGGCCAUGUUCACCUCCCACCUGUACAACCUAGACCCGUCCGAUCCUGGCUACAAGAAGACCAAGGCCACGCAGAGCAUCUUAGAGGAGAAGCAGCGCCGCAGGGAGCAGCAGCAGAGCUGCCACCAGGUGGCGAUUAAGAGUUUAGAGUCCAGGAAACAUGAAAUGGGGGCAAACAAACAGGAAAAGGCUGACAGCAGCUGCUCGGCUGUGUUCGAUCCCUCUCAGAAGGCCAUUGACCCCUCUAAGAAGGCCAUUGACCCGGCUCUGUCUAUGCUUAUUAAAUCGAUUAAAAACAAAACGGAGCAGUUCCAGGCAAGAAAGAAGCCGAAGACCACGUAGGAUUUACCUAUAAUGAAUUACUGUCUAUAAAAAGCGAUGGGCUGUUCUGAGACAUUUCCAGGACCUUGUCACUGCAUUUCUUUGUGACAGAGAUGCACUUGGGGUAAAUAGUCAGAAAUAUAUUAUACUCUGGACAACAUCUCCAUAUAACGUUUAAUAGUAUCUAACAACGUCAAUAAUAGCGUAAACAGAAAAACAGGAAGAAAAAUAAACAAUUAGAUAGCUUUGUCAUUAUUCAAACAUAGCACAUUCAUAGGCCCAUCAGCACUGUCACAAUUACAGCACAAAGUUAUUCUUUGACUCUUUACUGCCUGUUAGAAUACACCACCUAAACACAAGCUAGUGAGGGGGAUACAAAAAAGAAUCUUUCAUAUAGGGGGUCCAGUAUAUGAUUAAGUUAUACUGUACCAUGAGUAUAUUAUUUAUAUGCUUACAUACAAAAGGUUAGUAUUUACAUGAAAACCUUUUAAUUAUGAAAUAAACAUUGUUUUAAUCUGAAGACACACAUAUGACAACGGAUUGACGUUCUACAAAAUAAAACAGUUUUAGAAUACAAAACCUUAGAAAUUGCACCAUCAAAAUUGUUGACCAUUUCUCAAGUUAGAAAUACAAAAAUAUAUGUAGUGUUUCUUGAAACUGUUGAAAUAUUUUGUACUAAAGUCAUAUCUUUA